CCUUUCUUCUCAAAAUUUUAAAACAAAAAACACAAAUCAGCCUUCCUUUCCUCUCCUUCCCCUUUUUAUAUUCUUUCCAUUUCCUUCACUCCAACAAUAAGAAAAGAAAGGAAACAGAGGGAAACGUCUCUUCUUGCUCCUUCACUUGCCCAAAUCUCCAAUUCACAAUUUCACACUGAAGCACCAGAGAAUUUGAAUUGCGACGUUAUGAUGAAACCACCGUUUUUGAAUUAGCUACAAAUUCCACUCGAAAUGUAGACCUCCUCUUUCCUUCCCCUCUCUCUCUAUCUUUAUCUCUCUACAUAUACAUACACAUAUACAUAUACAUAUAUAUAAAUAUAUAUUUGUAUAUGUAUUUCCUGUUUAAUUAUUAAUUCGUGGGUUGGGAUUUGUUCGAAUUUGGGGCAAUUGGAAAAUUUCUGGUAUAUGAUGCUUUGUUCUGCAUUGAGGAGUCACAUACAGUCGUGGAUUCGUGAUUAUGAUAGGAUUCAAUCUUUCGCUGUGAUUCUCAUUUACAUUCAGAUUGGUUGUACAUUGAUUGGAUCGCUGGGAGCACUGUUCAAUGGCGUGUUGCUGAUUAAUUUGGGGAUUGCAUUGUUUGCUCUCGUAGCAAUUGAGAGUAGCAGUCAGAGCCUUGGCCGGACAUAUGCUGUUCUUCUUUUCUGUGCCAUAUUUCUAGACAUCUUCUGGUUCAUUCUCUUCACUCAUGAAAUCUGGAACAUUUCACCCGACACAUAUGGAACCUUUGUUAUGAUUUCAGUGAAACUGGCUUUAGCAAUGCAAAUUAUUGGGUUCGUUGUGAGAUUGUCAUCUUCAUUCUUAUGGGUUCAGAUGUACAGACUGGGUGUUUCAUAUAUAGACAGUUCAGCUCCUCGAGAAGCAGAUUUUGAUUUGAGAAAUAGUUUUCUAAAUCCUGUAGCUCCCUCUGCAGUUAGGAUUACCUCUGAUUGUGAUGACGUAUUAGGAGGCUCUAUAUAUGAUCCGGUAUAUUACUCAUCUCUGUUUGAAGAUGGUCGAGGAAAUGGAUAUAGGGAUCGCAAUCAGGGAAUUGGCAAGGGUGGAUCAUCUAUUUCUGAAGCCUCUCAGCUGAAGCUGUCCAUUGGCGGAUCUUUUCAGGAUAGCAAUUCAGUGGGUGAGCACCAGAGCGUUUGAAGGGAGUACAUCAUCUGUGAAGUCUUUUUGGUUCAAUCUGCUCCCCCAUCUUUUUGUCUGGAGGAUCAUAUCUUUACUCAAUUUGGAUGGGUUGUGUAUGGGAACGAGCUUUGUACAGUUAUACAUUUAUAGCAUUCUUUCCAGGAUAAAAGAUGCUGAUAUCAGAGUGAAAAAGAGAAGUGCAUCUUGUUAUACCUUUAGGGAUUCACUAUAUGUGAUGGCGUUAUCUCAGUCUGGUAAUGUGGCAGUUGCAAGGAUAUUUUGCUGGCUAGGCCUAUCAAAGAUAUGGAUCGGAUUUCUGCCUAACAUGCAGGUCAGUUAGGAGAUGGUUGCACUUUCUUGGAUAUGCCAUUGCAUUGGCAUGUUACCUGCAAGCAAUCAGAGCAGUUUGGUUCAUAAUUGGUUAUGAUUAGCUGGGUUGGAUUUAGUAUGAAUUGGCAAGGCCAUCCUGGUUCUAGAUCCCAGGUUAGUUUGUUCUUUUUGGGCCAAAAAAAAAGAUGAUUGGUAAACUUUUUGCAAUGCAAAGUAGAUUUGAUAUGUUAUUCGAA